GCGGCGUCGCUGCACAACACGCACCGCUUUUUGUACUCCUUUCUCCCCCCGUCUCGUGCACCCUUCGCGUUUCGCGCUCUCUCUGAGGAGUCGGGUUACGUUCACGUUCACGUCCGUUGCCCCGCACCCACCCACCCCUCCGAGGGAAACGAAAAGAAGAAGAGUUUCCUCUGCCGGCCAUGGAGAGCUCCUCCUCGUCAUCUCUGUUGCUGAGCUCGUAUACCGGCGGCAACAAGAGGGCCAGGGAGGCCGACCUCGACGUGGUCUCGUCCGCGGAGGCCGAGGCCGCCAAGAGGAUGCGGCCCGAGGACCUGCUGGACCUGCUCGACGACGACGCCGACGCCGCGGCGGCCGGCGACCUGGCCUCCGUCAUGCGCAGCCUCGAGGAGGAGAUUUGCGCCGGCGACCUGGCCCCGCCGCAGCCGGAGCUGGGCUUCCUGCUCGAGGCCUCCGACGACGAGCUCGGCCUGCCGCCGGCGGCGGGCGCGGCGUCCUCCUCGUCGGACGACGCCGGGGGCUGGGAGCCGGAGGAGCCGGCCGGCGUCUUCGGGGAGCAGAUCUGGGGCUUCGAGGACGAGAUUGACGGCGCCUACGCCUUCGGCGGCGUCGCCUCCUCGCCGGAGGCUGCAGCGGCUGCCGCUGCGGCGGCCGCCGAGUGGGGCGACGACGGCUUCGACGCCGGCCUCUUCGGCUUCGGCGACGAGUCCUUCGGGCCGUCCGAUCUCGCCGUGCUCCGCCACGAGACCAUGCCGGCCGUCUGAUCAGUCGUCGUCAGUGGACGGGCGGACGGAUGGAUUAGCCUUUUCUUUUUUACCUUUGGCUAACCUUAGCGCUACCCUUUUUUUAACCUUUGGGGAAUGUAAAGUUUCUAGAUGCAAGAAGGAAGAAAAAACUGUGGGGAGGAAACCUGGAAAAUGUGUUGCUUCGAAUGAAUGAUGUAGAGAGAACAAAAAGUCACACGAAGAAAAAAAAAUCUCUCGAAGAAAUUGCUUCAUCA